AUGUUCAGAACGGCCGCGCGAAGCUUCGCUGCCUCGGCAUGGCGGAAUGCAGAGAGCCUCAGUCAAAUAGAGGCUGCACAGCAGACUGCCAUCAACAUCUCAAAAGCCCAAGGCAUUGGUCAGCGGGGCUUCCUUGAUGCCAUCGGUAAAACUCCUCUUAUCCGCCUCAAGCGCCUCUCCGAAGAGACCGGCUGCAAUGUCCUCGGAAAGGCUGAAUUCCAAAACCCGGGUGGCUCCGUCAAGGAUCGCGCCGCCCUCUUCGUCGUCGAGAACGCCGAGCGCCAGGGUCUCUUGAAGCCUGGCGGCACCGUCAUCGAGGGCACAGCCGGAAACACUGGCAUUGGUCUCGCACACGUCUGCCGUUCCAAAGGAUAUCGAUUGGUAAUCUACAUGCCAAACACACAAUCUCAGGGAAAGAUCGACUUGUUGCGACUGCUCGGUGCAGAGGUAUACCCAGUACCGGCGGUAGCGUUUGACAACCCAGAGAACUACAACCACCAAGCGAAGCGACACGCGGACAGGCUUGAGAACGCCGUCUGGACGAACCAAUUCGACAACGUGGCGAACAGGCAGGCGCAUAUCGAGACUACUGGACCCGAGAUCUGGCACCAGACAGGUGGCAAAAUCGACGCCUUCACCUGUGCCACUGGUACUGGAGGCUCGCUCGCAGGUGUAACGAGGUAUCUGAAGGAAAAGAGCGACGGGAGGGUCAAGAGCUUCUUGGCCGAUCCACCAGGCUCCGUGUUGCAUUCAUACAUCCAGAGUGGUGGAAAGCUUCAAGAACGCCAGGGCGGUUCUAUAACAGAAGGAAUCGGCCAGGGACGUGUAACAGACAACCUGAGGCCCGACAUUGACCUCCUAGAUGGCUCCGUGCAUAUUAGCGACGAGAAGACCAUCGAGAUGGUUUACAGAUGUCUAGACGAGGAAGGUCUGUACCUUGGCGCAAGUUCGUGCCUGAACGUCGUUGCUGCGAAAGAGGUGGCUGAGAAGAUGGGCAAGGGAUCAACUGUCGUUACCUUGCUGUGCGAUGGUGCAUACAGAUACGCCGAUCGUCUAUUCUCAAAGAAGUGGUUGGAGCAGAAAAAGCUGUACGAUGCGAUACCUGAGCGGUUGCGCCGAUACAUCGUCCUUGAGUAG